CUCGUAUAGAUUUUAUAGUAUUAAUUUCAAAAUGUCAUUAUUUAAGAACAUGCAUCCCGAAAACAAAGCUCUUGUCUGUCAUAGUGAUUUUAUUGUGUGCCACUGAAAUAGAGAAUUUCUUUGAAAGUAAUUCGACAGUAAAUACCAAAUAUUUGAUAACUGUGAUCGUGUAUUAUUUUCUUUCUAUAUUAUUCAACAAUGGCAUCAAAUCCCGCACUACAGAAUGGAAAAGUUUACCGACUUCUGGCACAAGAUGAUAAACCUGAGGAUGGAUUAUUUGCUAAAGACUAUUAUAUGACGGAGCGGUCGACGGUCACAGCUGCCUAUCAUGUUGCCUAUGGAAGUAGUAAUAAUAGACGGGAUUCAAAAUACAUCUCAGCCUGUCUUAACUAUAAUGACGCACUAAGACUCUCAAAGAAAAAUCCAUUCUACAACGGCCACAUUGUAAGCAUUGAUAUAGAUCAGUUGAAUGUUCUACAUGUAUAUGAUUUAAACGUUAGGCAGCAGCUAAAUGCAGAACAAAAAGAAGAAAAUCCGGUAACAAUUAAUAGGUUCGCCUCACAUGCCAUGGACAGAAACGAAGUGCUAAUAGUUGGUCCUGUUCCAGCUAAUUGUGUGACAAUUAUAACAAAGAGACAAGAUCUUCCUAAUCGCCAUGGAAAUGUACCUCGCCACUGAAUGUAUCGCCUAUGUCUUUAACAAAAAAUGGUUAAAUGUUCAAACAUUUUCCUUUAUUGUCUUGUUUAAAACAAAUGUAUAUAUUUUUUUAUAUAUACUGCAGCUGUGCUAUUUGAGAAGUCAAAUUGCAUUGACCGUAUAUUCAUAUGUGUUAUACAGUCACUGAUCGUAUAUCACCUUGUUUAUGACGUUGACAAUGUGUUUCCAUAGAGUUUUAUUUAUGACGUCAAUAAAACAUACAGGUUCGCGGAAAUUUAACGUCGUCCGCUUCAAAUUAAGAAAUGAUGUUUCUACCCAAAAUGCUUCAUUUAGAACAGUUUAAAGAGCUGCAGUAUAUAAAAAUAACCAUACAUUGUCUCGAAAUAUCAAUGUUAUUUGUACUCGGCUCAAAACAGGUAGAAAUGCUCGACACAGCCUCACUUUCUACCUGUUUCUAAGCCUUGUACAAAUAACAUUGAUAUUUCGAGACAAUGAAUGUUUAUUCUAUAUUUACACGGCAUUAAUAUUGGGGUCAUGAUAAUUUUAAAGAGUCAUCAAAUAUUUUUUUUCUUUUUUGAAACCUUCUACAGUCUCAUAGACAAGCCUUAGUUUUAAGUAUCAUGAAACCAUCUUAGUUUGUUAAAUUUCCUUGCAAUGUUAGAUAUAAGAUAAAAGCAUGGCGAAUCAAAUCGAGAUCACUCUUGUUGGUGUUUUGUGAAUUAUUGUUCCUAUUUGAUGCUUGUAGUACAAUACGGUUA